AACCAUCUUACCCGAAAUUGCAAUUCAAUGGCAUUAUCCAUCUUUAGGCAAUACACAUUUGAUGAUUCAUUCUUACAAGUAUUUGUAUCGAGUAAGUUCCUGAAGGAGUUCCAAAUUGCCCUGACAUACGCCAUAGACUAUGACGAAGAGGGUGUCCCAACCAAUGGGGUGUUCAGACCCACUUGGGACCUAACAAAGGUCACUGCCUCAGCAAUCUCUCAGUUCAAGAAGGACCAUCCUGAUGUCAAUGUCAAAGUCUUCAUUUGCAUUGGAAACAAAGGCACCAUAUUCCCCUUCAGCCCUCUUGACAACAACUCAUGGAUCACCAAUGCAACUCAAUCAAUCACCAACAUCAUCCAUAAUGAUCACUCUGACCUCCAAAUUGAUGGCAUUGAUGUCUUAUACGACCACAUCAAUGCCACACCCGAUGUUUUUGUCGACUGCAUUGCCCAGGUUAUGAAGAACUUAAAGGAUGGUGGUGUGAUUAGUGUGGCUUCAAUUUCACCAUCCUCUGGUCUCAACAAGGACUUCUACUUCCCCUUGUACAAGACAUGUCCAAUUCUGAUUGACUGGGUAGAUUACCAGUUCCAAAAUGAGGAAUCUCCAGUGUUGGAUCCAAAAACAUUGUUGCUGCAAUACAACAAGCUAGUGGGAGAGUUUUAUCCGAGAAGGAAGCUGUUUGCUGGGUACAGUGCGGAGAAUGAGGACUGGGGUACUCUCUCUCCAAUUGUGUUCUUUCUUGGAGGCAUGGAUAUUCUCAAGAAAAGAAGAGGCGCUGGUGUCUCCAUCCAUUACCAUAAUUACUAUAAUAACCAAUGAAUAAUGCAUGAUCAUGCAACAAUUUCUAUCUCAAGCUACUCUACUCUAUAUCAUAUACUUAUGUGCUGUUAAAUAAGACUCAUGUUCUAUUCUAUCACAUAUGUUCCUAUGAAUAUGUACUACUUAUCUUUG